AAUGGAAUGAGAGACUCCAUGAUGAAUAGGCCAUCGCCAUCAAUAUCAUCCCAUAUCCACAGCCAUAGCCAUAGCCAUAGCCAUUUACCAGAGUCAAGUUAACAAGUUUUUUUGGAAGUUUCAGACCCAAAAAUCAAAGCUUUAUUAUGCUUCAUCUUCUCCAACUAGUCCACUCCACACUCCAUCCACGUGGGCUACCACUGAGCUUCCCAUAAAAACUAUUAUUUUAUUUUCUUAUAUAUUAUUAUAAUUAUAUAUAUAAAUAAAGAAGAGGGGUCGAUUCGAUUCGAUUCAAAACAAAACUGUGUGUCUGUGUCUGGUCACUUUUUUUUUUUCUUUUGGGUUGAAAGAAAGUUGAGAAGAGAUGGAGAAGUAUGAGGUGGUGAAGGAUUUGGGAGCUGGGAACUUCGGAGUGGCUCGGCUGCUGAGGCACAAGGAGACUAAGGAGCUGGUGGCCAUGAAAUACAUAGAGCGAGGAGCGAAGAUAGAUGAGAAUGUGGCGAGAGAGAUCAUCAACCAUAGAUCGCUUAGGCACCCAAACAUCAUACGAUUCAAAGAGGUUGUUUUGACUCCGACCCAUCUCGCCAUUGUCAUGGAGUACGCCUCUGGUGGUGAGCUCUUUGAGCGUAUUUGCAAUGCUGGAAGAUUCAGUGAAGACGAGGCUAGAUAUUUCUUUCAGCAACUGAUCUCUGGAGUCAAUUAUUGCCAUUCUCUGCAAAUAUGCCAUAGAGAUCUCAAGCUGGAAAACACCCUUCUUGAUGGAAGCCCUGCUCCUCGUUUGAAAAUAUGUGAUUUUGGUUACUCUAAGUCAUCUCUGCUUCAUUCAAGACCAAAGUCAACAGUUGGAACUCCAGCGUAUAUUGCACCAGAGGUUCUUUCACGCCGAGAGUAUGAUGGAAAAUUGGCUGAUGUUUGGUCAUGUGGAGUGACUCUGUAUGUGAUGUUGGUUGGAGCUUACCCCUUUGAAGACCAAGAUGAUCCCAAGAACUUUAGAAAAACUAUUCAGCGGAUAAUGGCUGUUCAGUACAAAAUCCCAGACUAUGUUCAUGUAUCUCAGGAUUGCAGACAAUUACUCUCUCGGAUAUUCGUUGCCAGCCCAAUGAGAAGGAUUACCCUUAAAGAAAUCAAGAACCACCCCUGGUUUCUAAAGAACUUGCCUAGGGAACUAACCGAGGCGGCUCAAGUGGUGUUUUACCAGAGAGAAAGAGACAAUCCAAGCUUUUCUCUCCAAAGUGUGGAUCAGAUCAUGAAAAUUGUUGGGGAGGCAAGAACACCACCUCCGGUGUCCAGGCCUCUCCGGGGCUUCAGUUGGGGAGAAGAUGACGAAGACAUAGACGACGAUGAGAUUUUGGACGAGGAAGAUGAAGAUGACGAGUAUGACAAAAGGGUCAAAGAGGUUCAUGCCAGUGGAGAAUUCCAUAUAAUCUAAAGUGCUUAGUUUGUGUAUCAUCACCAUCGUAAUCCUUGUCUAGCUAUUAUGACUACACACUUUACAGUACUUAAUAGUUUCUUAGCAAAAUGUAGUAGUGGUAAUAAUAUCACUUAUUUAUUAUAUUAUAGUGUGUAUGUCUAUGAUUUUGGCAAACAAUAAUUGUCAUAAAUGUGUAACUCUGCACUACACUCACUUUCCUGUGCC